UCGAUUGGCAUCAAGAUGCAGACUUUGCAGUUGCGGUGUCGUCAAACGGUAAACAACCAAAACAGUGAUCUCAUAAAAUUGACGAAGAAGAAGUCUCAGAAGAAGCAAAAAUGGCGGGGGAGACGAGCGAAAGCAGCAGCUCAAUCGGGAGCCUACCCUCGGCCCUACUGGCCACCAUCAUGACAAAGCUCGACGUCACCUCUUUCUGCUCCGUCGCAUCCACCUCCACCGCCUUCAAAGCCUGCGCCUCCCACAUCCUCUCCUUCAUCCCCUCCUUUCACAUCCUCGAAAUCGCGCCUUCCAUGGAGUUGCUGAGGCCCCUGCUAGUCCCGAACCCGUGGCUGAAGAGCGUGAAGGUCAACUGCGGCCGGCUCGAUGAUUCCACCAUUCAGGUUCUGCUUCAACCGUCGCUAGAGGAGCUCUGUAUGCUCAAUUGCACGGAUUUUAGCGGCAAAUUGCUUUCGGAAAUUGGAGGUCGGUGCAAGGAUCUGAGGUCUCUGUGCUUGGGGUCAGUUGCCGAAAGGAGAGGGCGGGCCAUUCAUAUUUCCGAUUUAGAAGAGUUGCUCAGUGGUUGCAUUCACUUAGAAGUAAGACGCAAUUAAACGAUGAUUACAUAACAAUCAAAUGUUUAAUGAGAAGUAUUUGAGGAAAGAUGUUGCCUUUUGAAUCUACAAAAGACGCCAACUUUAUAACUGAUGGGUUAUCGAAAAGGGUAAUGCUAGGGAGACUAAAUUUUUUAAACCAAAUGAUGUGGUUGUUGUAGAUGAUUGGAUGAUUAAUUAAGUGUCGAUUAAUGUGCUUGUUUAUUAUUGGUGA